AUGAGUGAUGUGGAUCGUAAAAAAGAAUUGUUAGAAAAAAGGCAAAAACUUGCAAGACUUAAGCAACAAAGAAAUGAACGUUUUAAUAAUCAAGGUACAACGAUAAUAACCGAGGCUGCGCAUAGAAUUGAUCCGGAAAGUUAUCGUAAAGUUGAUAAUUAUGCUAAAAUCUUGGCAGAAGAAAAAGAUAGGGCAACACGUCCCGGAUCUCUAUCAAGUCUGGAAGAUUUUGAUAUUUCUGAUAAAGUCAAAGUUGAGAAGGGCAAGAAUUCUACCCCAACAUAUCCAACACAUCCCUUUACCAAUCGUUUUCUACCUGAAUUCAGUUCGUUCCAAGAGGAUUCAAUAAACGUUGGUGCAAGGACUUUAGUAUUUCGUGAAUUCGAAAUACAAACCGAUGAAAGUUCUUUCGAUACUAAGCCACCUUCAGAAGAAGAAAUUAGGGAAAAGGUUUUGAAAGAACAUGAAAUUAAAAAGGCCGCUUUAGAAGCUGAACGGUUGAAAAUAGAAACUGAAAAGAAAAUAAAAAAAGAGUUAUCGGAAGAAGAUAAAAAAGAAUUAAUAACUUCGCCAAAAUUUGCUAAAUUCGUUAGCCAUUCUGCCGAACUUGUUGAAAAUACUCUUAAUGAACAUUAUGAUUUUAUGAUAGAUUAUAAAGUUGUUAAAGAAGUAGAAAGUAAUGAGGAAUCAAGAAAGCUUAUUAAAUGCGAAUGUUCAUUCUUCGAUGACCGAUGGAGUAAAAAUCGAUCUGUUACUGACGUUAAUUGGUCGAGUAAAGAUCCUGAACGUGUUGUUGCCUCCUUUAAUAAAAAUCCAUUAGCAAUUAAUGAACCAGACGGCAUUGUCUUGGUGUGGAAUUUAUUACGUCCUGAAAAACCAGAAUUCGUUCUUCAUUCUCAAUCGGAUGUGCUCACAACUACAUUCUCCGAUUUUAGAUCAGAACUUGUUAUUGGUGGUACAUAUUCUGGCCAUAUAAUGCUUUGGGACAUGAGGGCAAAAUCAUCUCCUGUUCACAAAACCUCUUUCUCUGUAAAUGGUCAUACACAUCCUAUCUAUUCAAUGCAAAUUGUGGGUACCCAAAAUGAACACAAUUUAAUCACUGCAAGCACUGAUGGAUUAGUAUGCUCUUGGCAAUUAGAUAUGUUGGUUCAACCUGUGGAUCGUUUGGAAUUAAUUCAUUCAGAACAUAGUAAAACUGAUGAAGUUUCAGUUACUGCAUUUGGAUUUCCCGAUAAUGAGAAUGAUACUACAGCUUUCUGGGUCGGAACUGAAGAGGGUAAUAUAUAUCAAGUUAAUCGAUAUGGACGUCCUGGAGGCAAAGCCGGAAUAAAUCAAUGUGACUUUUAUAAAGGUCAUUGGGGUCCAGUCACUGGCCUUCAUUUCCACCCAAAGAUUGGAUCAGAAGACUUUGAAUUUAAUGAUUUAUUUUUAACUUCAUCAGUAGAUUGGACUUCAUUUUUAAAUACUCCGACAUCUCCGCGAAUUAUUACACCGUUACAUUCUUUUGAAGGUGCAGAUGACUAUGUUUAUGAUGUUAAGUGGUCACCUCGUCAUCCAGCACAAUUUGCUUCUGUCGAUGGUACAGGAAAAUUUUCUGUAUGGAACUUGAAUGUCGAUAUAGAGGCAUUAAAUAAGAUUCAAUGGGAUAAAGAAGGAAAAAAGACAGUAAUUGGAUCUUCUGAUGGGCAUGUUUAUAUUUAUGAUAUAGGAGAGUUAUGUAUUCCUCAUGAUGAUGAAAUUGCUCUUAUGAAAAAUACGAUUUCAGAAUUAAAAGGUGUCAAUAUAAUGGAUAAUUUGGAUAGUUAUAGUGGAAGGUUUACUUUUACAAAAUAA